CGCGGCCCCGUGAGGCGCGUCUCCCUCGCGAGCUCGCGGUGAAAGGAUUUGGCGCCAGGCGGGUCCGGCUCCGCAGCUCCCGCAGCCGCACGAACCCCCUGCGCCUCCCGCCCGCACCCACCGCCCGCCGGGGCACCGACACACCGCAGGCAGAGCCAGAGCCGCCCGUCUGUCCCUGCUCGCCGCCGCCCGCGCGCCGCCCAGGGACCGAGCCGCCAGUGCCGCCGCCAUGAGCUGCUCGCCCGUGAACGUAAAAAAGCUGAAGGUGUCGGAGCUGAAAGAGGAGCUGAAAAAGCGUCGCCUCUCCGACAAGGGCCUCAAGGCUGAGCUCAUGGAGCGGCUCCAGGCCGCGCUAGACCAGGAGGAAGCCGGCGGGAGCGGCCCCGCCAGCGGCGCGGCCGAGCCCGGCAACGGCAGCGUGGAGGGGGAGGCGGCCGAGAGCGGCGGGGGCGCCGCGCAGCUCCGCCAGGGGGGAGGCCCCGGCCAGGCCGCGGCCUCCGCCAUGGAGGACGACGACGAGGAAGGGCUGGAGGCCGCCGAUGGCGACGCCAUGGAGUUGGGCGAGGAGAACGGCGAGCGGGCAGGGGCCGGGGGCGGCCCCAUGGAGGAGGAGGCGGGCGGCGAGGAGGAGGAGGAAGAGGAGGAGGAUGAUGAGAACGGCGACGACCAGGGUUUCCAAGAGGGGGAGGACGAGUUGGCCGACGAGGAGGAGGCCGCGGCCGGAGACGCCAACGGCCACGGUGACCAGCAGCCGCCGCAGCCCCAGCAGCCGCAGCAGCCCCCUCCGCUCCUCCCGCCGCGCGGCGCCGCUGCCGCCAAGGAGGCUCCCGGCAAGAGCGCUGGGGGCGCCUCGGGGCCCGCCGCUGCCUCUGGCCCGGCGGGCCCCGCCAAGCAGCAGCAGCAGCAGCAGAAGAAAGCGGAAGGCGGCGGCGGAGGCGGCCGCCCCGGGGCGCAGGGCGUCGGGGGAGAUGGUAAAACAGAGCAAAAGCCUGGUGAGAAGAAGAGGGGAGUGAAGAGACCACGUGAAGACCAUGGCCGGGGAUACUUUGAAUACAUUGAGGAAAAUAAGUACAGCAGGGCCAAGUCUCCUCAACCACCUGUUGAAGAAGAAGAUGAACAUUUUGACGACACAGUGGUUUGUCUUGAUACUUAUAACUGUGACCUGCAUUUUAAAAUCUCAAGAGACCGGUUUAGUGCUUCCUCUCUGACCAUGGAAAGCUUUGCUUUCCUUUGGGCUGGAGGGAGAGCCUCUUAUGGAGUUUCUAAGGGCAAAGUCUGCUUUGAGAUGAAGGUUACAGAAAAGAUUCCUGUUAAACACCUGUAUACAAAAGAUAUUGACAUACAUGAAGUGCGAGUUGGCUGGUCACUGAACACAAGUGGAAUGUUGCUUGGUGAAGAAGAAUUUUCUUACGGUUAUUCUCUAAAAGGAAUAAAGACAUGCAAUUGUGAGACUGAAGACUUUGGUGAGAAGUUUGAUGAAAAUGAUGUGAUUGGAUGUUUUGCUAAUUUUGAUGGUGAUGAAGUGGAACUCUCAUAUUCCAAGAAUGGACAAGAGCUUGGUGUUGCAUUCAAAAUAAGCAAGGAAGUUCUUGAUGGGCGACCACUCUUUCCACAUGUUCUCUGCCAUAACUGUGCGGUUGAGUUCAACUUUGGUCAGAAGGAGGAACCCUACUUCCCUGUACCUGAAGAGUACACCUUCAUCCAGAAGGUCCCCCUAGAGGAUAGGGUCCGAGGACCAAAGGGACCCGAGCAAAAGAAAGAUUGUGAAGUGGUGAUGAUGAUUGGCUUGCCAGGAGCUGGCAAGACUACAUGGGUUACCAAACAUGCAGCAGCAAAUCCUGGAAAAUACAACAUUCUUGGGACAAAUACUAUUAUGGACAAAAUGAUGGUUGCAGGUUUUAAGCGUCAGAUGGCAGACACUGGAAAACUUAACACACUGUUGCAGAGGGCUCCACAGUGUCUUGGAAAGUUCAUUGAGAUUGCAGCUCGUAAGAAGCGGAAUUUCAUUUUGGAUCAGACAAAUGUGUCUGCAGCUGCGCAGAGGAGAAAAAUGUGCCUGUUUGCAGGCUUCCAGCGCAAAGCAGUUGUUGUUUGCCCAAAAGAUGAAGACUACAAGCAAAGAACACAAAAGAAGGCAGAGGUGGAGGGAAAAGAUCUUCCAGAGCAUGCAGUUCUCAAAAUGAAAGGGAACUUCACACUGCCAGAGGUAGCAGAAUGUUUUGAUGAAAUAAUCUAUGUAGAGUUGCAAAAAGAAGAAGCUCAGAAGCUUUUGGAACAGUAUAAAGAAGAAAGUAAGAAAGCUCUUCCACCAGAAAAAAAACAGAACACUGGCUCAAAGAAGAACAAGAAGAGCAAUAAAAAUCAAUUUAAUAGGGGUCAGAGAGGACGUGGAGGAUUCAACAUGCGGGGCAACUUCAGAGGAGGAGUCCCUGGCAAUCGUGGUGGAUACAACAGGAGGGGAGGCAACAUGCCUCAGCGAGGUGGCGGAGGUGGCGGUGGUGGCGGUGGCAGCAGUGGAGCAAUUGGCUACCCCUAUCCUCGUGGCCCUGUCUUUCCAAGCAGAGGUGGCUACUCAAACAGAGGAAACUAUAACAGAGGUGGAAUGCCCAACAGGGGAAACUACAACCAGAACUUCAGAGGAAGGGGAAAUAAUCGUGGCUACAAAAACCAAUCUCAGGGCUACAACCAGUGGCAGCAGGGUCAAUUCUGGGGUCAGAAGCCAUGGAGUCAGCAUUAUCACCAAGGAUAUUAUUGAAUACCCAAAUAAAUGAACUGAUACAUAUUUCUCCAAAACCUUCACAAGAAGUCGACUGUUUUCUUUAGUAGGCUAACUUUUUAAACAUUCCACAAGAGGAAGUGCCUGCGGGUUCCUUUUUUAGAAGCUUUGUGGGUUGAUUUUUUCUUUUCUUUUUUUGUACAUUUUUAAUUGCAGUUUUAAAGUGAUUCGUAAGAGAACCUCAGCAUUGUGCACGAAAAGAGAAUGUGUCAGUAUUUCAGGGUUCUACAUUUUAUCUGUAAAAUGUGACUUUUUUUUUACCACAACAAAAAGUAAAACGUUGCUUUGUACCUGGUGUCUUUUUAUUAAAGAAUUUUCUCCUUUUUCCCCAUCCCCCAAUUUCUAAGAAACAGUCGUGAGUCAUGUCACAAUAUGAUGAAAUGUUAGCAACCAGAUUCGUAUGGAGGCAUCUUAGUAACCCUCAAAUACCAUGAGAUUAUGUAAAGCUCCCUAUUACACUCCAUCCUCCCUAUGGAGCUCUUGGGUGGGGAGGGGAGGAGGGGGAGGCAAAAGUUUCUGGCAAUAACUAGGACUUUUUUGUAACAUUUGGAACUCAAUAAGAUGUUGGGGGCAAAGAGGAAACCUGGGGCUAAAUAGUGAUGGUGGAGUGUAUGUAGAAGCUCUUAAAGUUGUAAAACUCGGUUGCUUUAUUUGUGGAGGCUCAAACUUGUGAAGGUACAACACCAUAAUUUUUUUUUCCAUUUGUUCUGCAUUUUGAUUCUGAAAAGAAGCUGGCUUUGCCCAUUUCUUAUUAAACAAAACUUGUUGUAAAUCCAGUUGUCUAAUGGGAUCUAUAUGAAGUUAGCUGUGUGUCUGUAUAACUCUUUCCCCACAAAAUACUGUAUACCUAGUGUGCUUGUAGUAGUUACCUCCACCAUUUUGUAAGCUAAUGAAACUGUGAGUCACCCAUUUUAUAUCCUAAUUUUUAAUCAUGUCAAUUCUCAAAUGGGUGUAUCUCCUUAGCCUGCUGAUUCCUUUUCUCUUUAAAGAAAGUGGGUGGAGAAGUUUAACUCUAGACGUUUGUUUGCAAUAAAAUAAAUUCAUUCUACUCUUGUUUGGGAUUGUCGCCAUCAAGGUCUAAAAUCCCGUUAAUGCUAUAAAGAGGAAGAGAAUGUAUGAAAGUGACAAUGUUGGACAGUUUUAAACUCAUUACUGUACAUGCUGAAAUACUUGUGUUUCUUUAAAAAAAACUAGUAGUUGCUCUGUUAGAGAUCUAUCACAUGUAUAAUUCACAGUUUAACAUGGCUAUAUGUAUAGGGCAAAAGUCUUUGAGUUGCGCUUGCAUCAUGUAAAUCCCCUUAACCUCUUUAUUGUAAAAUAGACAUUAGGGAAGGAGCAGGAGAAGGAUUUGGACAGGGAGUAGGACAGGAGGAAGGAUUGUCACGGAGUUUAACGGCGAGCUUCAAUUUGUUUUAACUGCUAUUUUGUUCAGCUUUAUGUUUCUGUAAAAUUGUAGUGGCACUGUUAGCUGCUAACUUGCGUUCUAAUGCCGUAAGACAGGGUAAAGAUGUACCCAUUGUAAGAGUGCACGGGGUACACACAUGAGCAUACGUGGCACUGCCACCAUCAGGGCCCUGGCAUGUGCUGGCAGUCCCCGUGGCAGUGAUGGACUAGCAGAGGCUUCCUGGCAGCCUAGAGCUAGAGUCGUGUGCUGUGCUUGAAACCUUGCUCCGGUGUUAGUCAAUUUCUAGUAGUCUUCAGAAGUAAAGAUAAGCUUGUGUUGCUCUUCUAGCCUUUAUAGCAGAUGCCAUUGCAUAUUGACAUUAAACAUUAACGGCACCUCCUCCUUGUUAAUAGUGCUUUAAAUCAUCCCUUUACUUUGAAUGAGAAAAAUGUAAAUUGUCUUAAAAGAAACACUUAUUUAAUGAAAUUUGGGGAAUUGAAACCCAAAUAUGUUUUGCUGAAAUUGAGUUUUCUUUACACUUGCAAAAAAAAGUUUAGUGUAAUUAAAGUCCAUUUCCCUUCUACCCUCGUCACAAGAACUAACACUUUGUAUGGAGUGCUGAUCCUUUGCUUAUUUUGGUACUCUAUAAAAUUAUAUAGUCUUAAACUAAAAUAUAAGAGCCUACACUUAC